AGUUAAAAUACAAGAUGUUACGCAAAUGGAAUUUGUCACCACCUUAGAAGAAACUUUACAAUUAGAUAUAUGGACACACGCAGAAACAUACAAAAAUGCCAUAAUACUUGUGCCUAAGAAGAGUUUAGAUCGGUUUCAAAAUGAACUUUACAGUAAUGGAAUAGAGUUUCGAAUGGACCAAGCAAAUAUUAAGGAAUUACUCGAUGAAGAAGAUAGACUAAUGGAUGAAGCGAGACGGAGAAAUCCCAGAUCUGGUCCAUCGACGAUUGGUUUCGACAGAAUUUAUAAUCUUACAGAGGUCUAUACUUAUCUAGAAGAAGUAGCCGCUUCGUAUCCAGAGUUAGUAACAUUGGUAAAUGCUGGAAAAUCUUUCGAAGGCAGAGACGUCAAAUAUCUCAAAAUUUCCACUACUAACUUUGAGGACACCAGAAAGCCUAUAGUCUUCAUCGAAUCCCUCCUCCAUGCACGGGAAUGGGUGACCUUACCCCCAACUCUAUAUGCCAUUGAUAAGCUUGUUACUGGGAAUCUUUCUGACAGCAGUGUUUUGGAUAAAGUGGACUGGAUUAUUUUACCGAUUGCCAACCCUGAUGGAUAUGAGUAUACUCAUGUUCAGGAUCGUUUUUGGCGCAAAAAUCGUGCAUCAGGUUAUACAGUUAAAGACACGUGUGUGGGAGUCGAUCUGAACAGAAACUUCGACAUCGCCUGGGGUGAUCAUUCCAGCAACAACGUUUGUUCCCAAACUUUUCACGGAGGUCAUCCCUUUUCUGAGCCCGAAGCUAGAAUAGUGAGGGACAUUUUAAGGGAAUACAGCAAUCGUAUGGCAAUGUUCAUGGAUAUACAUAGUACAGGUAACAUGAUCCUCUAUGGUUGGGGCAGUGGUGUCCUGGUUUCCAAUGCGUUCAGGGUUCACGAUGCUGGAAUCCAAAUGGCCGUCGCCAUCGACGCUGUCAAAGCUUAUUGGAAUCAAGAUUACGUCGUUGGCAACGCAGCUUUAGUGCUGUACAAAGCAUCCGGUCUAGCGAUGGACUACGGAACGGUGACGGGGGUGCCCUACUCGUAUGUCUAUGAGUUGCCGCGGCACAGGAACUCCACUGGCGUCGACAGGUUCCUGGUGGACCCUGCGUUUGUGCAGCAGGCCGCCAUGGAGACCUGGGAGGGGAUCCGAACUGGUGCUGAGUUUAUUCGUGACAAAUAUGCAAAAGAGCUGUCUUAA